AAUUUAGAGUCACCGAGAGUGAUUUAGAGACAUUUAGAGGCAUUUCUACGAAGAGACUACUUCACUUUUAGAGACACGCGCACCAUGAAAUAUCCAACGUUCUUCGCUCCCUUUAGAGGACUAGUGACGGCAGUUAUCAUAUGUCUUUUUGUUGAAACAUCGAAAUGCCAAGAAGCAACACCACUCGGUCCUGCUUAUAUGAGGACGACGUCCGGCGUCGUCGAGACGUCGUCUGGUAGAUGCCAGUGCGAGACUGCUUUUCCGCCAUUAGUCACUUGUCAAGAUUAUGUAGAAACGGGCUACCCAGAAAGACUUGAAGCAGCAGAACGGGAGAUCGCUCUACUCGGUCAUCAACUCGACGAGUACAACCAUACGGUCAUCAGGCUCCACAUCGAUCUAGAGCUCGCAGAUUCUCAGCUCAACGUGACGAUGAUGACAUUGGAAGGCGUUCUGGAUGGUACCGUGGUCGUCACAGUGGCUGAGCUCGAGCUCGUGAAGGAAGAACUCAAGGAGAUGUCUCUACUCCUUGAAAGAAUCGAGGAGGUAGCAUCUGAGAUUCCUGAAGUACAACAACUGCGUGAAGAACUGAAUAACUUCACAGACCUCAUUAAACAACUGGAGGUAACGAGACCCACUGAAGUCCGAGUACUGCAACGAAAGAUCGACGAUCUCAAGACGAAGUUGGCCGAAUGUGAACGGUAUUAUCCGACGAGGACCGAAGAUGAGAGCCUCUUCCAACCCUGGAGUGAUUUUCCCUCCCAAGAUAGUUGCCGUGAUAUCAUCCACGUAUCUGAGCCCUUCACAGUCAGAGGCGUAGGGAACAAAAUAGGGGCGUGGUUCCGAGAUCCAAUCCAGGACUAUAUCAAGGUCUAUUAUGUACCCUUCCACAAUCCAAGACUUACUUACCAAGUUGACCGCUUUGCUCACGUUGCUGACUUCCGUGGAGGUACUGAGUACGAGCAUCGAUACAUGCUGCCCACGAACCUCCCGGCCCAGGGUCCCGGUAUGGUCGCAUAUAAUGGUUCCCUCUACUACCAUGCAUUUCAAAGCAGACAGAUCGUGAGGUAUGAUCUUGAAAACCAUACGGUAGUCACUACGGGAGAGAUAUCCGAUGCGGACAUCAACAUCCGGGGUUCACCCAGCGCCAUCGAUCUGGCUGUCGACGAGCUCGGGCUGUGGGCAAUCUAUGCCUCCGUCUCCGACCAAACAAACACAAUGAUCAGUCGUUUGGAUCCAGAGACUUUGGAUGUCAUAGAGACGUGGGUGGCGCCAUUCCCUAAAUAUCAAGCGGGAAGUUGCUUUAUGGUUUGCGGUAGGCUCUACUGUCUUAGCAGUUUCUUCAGCACCGAUACUACGGUGGAGUUGGUCUACGAAACAUCGUCGAACGUAUUCCGUGUUAUCGACGUCCUUUUCGACAUCCGCUUCGGGGAGAUGAUGUCAUUGAAGUACAACCCACGUGAUCAGAAGCUCUACGGAUGGGACAACGGUCAUCAGGUGGUCUAUGACCUUACAUUUGACCCACCGGCGAGGUCACAACUCCUGCCGACCGACACGAAUAUUCCUUUAAAUCUUCAGUAAUCAAAUGUGGAUGAUCGAAUAACGUAAUUUAAAGACAAUGCUGCGGUCUGGAGUGGUAUCCCGAAAACGAUGUCAUCUUGAUGUUGGUUAAAAUGAUGUUAAUUGUCAUUAAUAAAAAUCAAAAA